GUUUUCUAAAUCUCAAGCAAUGAAAUACAAAUGCAGGGUGUACAAUUUCUUACAAAAAAUAAUUGUUUGAAGCCAAUCGGGAAAGCAAUCAUUAGCUUUAGUGAGGAACGAAAUGUGUCACAAAUUUGGUGUAUUUGAGAACAGUGCAUAUUUUGUAGAAAUGAUUCAACCACGGCUUGUGAACUCCAUGCGAACGUUGUGAAAUCAACCUGUCGUUUAACGCUGCCCGAGCUGUACCAGUCUUACCAACAACAAUCACCGGUGAUCGUAUCGCAUUCUUCCCCAGUACGCCAGCAACCAGUAACCUCGGGUGCAAUCGCACCGCAGUGUGCAACGUUCGUGCGUGCACGUGAGCACAAGUGUCUUGACAUGGUGCAUACGAUUUUGAUGUUUCGUUGUUGUUGUUGUUGUACGUUUCCUGCUGAUCUUCACUUGCGAGCAUUUUGUUGUGUUGUUGCUGCUGCUGCUGUUGCUGCUGCUGCUGUUGCUGCUGCCGUAGCACGAGCUGGGUCGACUGGUGUGCGUAGCGAUCGAGCUGUCCGGACUUGCGGUUGCGUGUGCGUUGCAAAACAACAGGUUUGGGGUGCAACCCAGGUGCAUUCAGUCUGCCGUAGGACCUUUCGUUGCACCGAGUGCAUGUGGUGUGUAUGCAAAUAAAAAAAUUGAAGAAAAGCGAAUGAAAAGUGCACCUGGAAACAGCUCGCUAUCAUUGCGAAACGCCUUAUUGAGCGUAAUUGAGUGAGUGUUUGUGUGCGGUUUGCAAGUGUAUUCAAUCAUCAAGAGAAGAAUAAUUCAUCGUCUCUGUAGCAUCGUUCUGUUCGAGUGAGAACCAAAAAUUACCGAAAAAGUGUGUGUUUUUGUGUGUGAAUAAAAUCGAUCUACAACCGAUCUCCCAUCAGGGAGAUGGCAAUUAAGUAAAGUGAAAUAAAUAAAAAAAAAAUACAAAGAAAGUGUAGACAUCCCACCUAACGAUAACUGACCCUCCCCUUCCCACAAGGGGGGUGGGAACAUCCAUCACAAUGCAUCGUGUAAUGCAGCCGAUGCAGUGUACGAUCGCCUAAACCGGGGGCGCGAGAAGGUUUUCGAACCUUGCUCUCUGGAGUGUCUCCGCGUGUGUCUGUGUGACCUUGCAUCUUUCAAACAUCGCAAAAAAGUGAUUGAAAAUCGAAAAUCUUUCUCACCGCAGUGGAAUGGAAUUAAAUAACGCGCGCGCGAAUUAAAGCAAAAAAAAUAGAGAGUGGAAAUUUGCGCCGUGAAUUUUGUGCUAUUUUUUUGUUUUCAAAGGUGAAUGUGUGCGUAAGAGAAGGUGUUUUUUGGUUUGUGUGUCCCUUCUCUUGAUUCCCUGCCUGUCGGUGUGGAUGUGUGUUUUCGGUUUCUGUUUGUGAUUCAUCCUUUUGCGACAGAUCGUUAAAGAAAUAAUUUCAGUAAACAUGGGCAGCCGCAACAUCGAGUGUCGUAAAUUUUCGCCGAACAUCUUCAACAAGAGCAAAUGCACGCACUGUUUCCGCCAGCGGGAGGAGCAUAGUGCCGCCGCCCUGGAAUGCAAUCGGGCAACGCGAAAGGUGUCAAAACGUGGAUAUUUAUUCGUCGCCCCCUGGGACUGGGACUUUAGCAAUCCGGUCUACAGAACAAAGCGAUGGCAACGAAGGUGGUUCGUGCUGUACGACGACGGGGAGCUCACUUAUUCGGUGGAUGAACAUCCCGAAACAAUUCCACAGGCCAUAAUCGACAUGACGAAGGUCCUGGAGGUGACCACGGCCGACAACAUCACCAGCCACCCGCACUCGAUCGCCAUCACCGCACCGGACCGUGUCACGUUCGUGAAGGGUACCUGCCCGGAGGAGUCGAAAUGGUGGUUCAACGUGCUGGUAGCCUUCCCCAAAUCCAAGGGCCGUCACAAGCGAAAUGCAACCUUCCCCGGCGGACAGGCGACCACGAUUCUGCAAGCUCAAAUGUACAACGAGGUACAGUCGCCCAUUUCGGCCAAAAGCAACACGCCCCCAGGAAGGGACAAGCUUACGCUGCAGCUCGAUGGCGGUAAGGCCCAGCCGCGACUUCGGACCCGCCAUCGCUCAUCGGUCGACGUCAGUGAUUCAGCGACCAAAUGUCUGCUGCUCGAUGGUGGCGUUGGCAUCAGCGGCACUGAGCUGCGCUCGCGCGACGAACCAAAGCUGAAGGAUAUCGCGAACACGAUCACGAACGUGAACCGCUGGAGCAGCCCCUGCAUCACGGACAGCCUGUCACUCACGGCGGCCGACCAUCACAACCACCAUCAGCCGACGAGCCCGCGGGACGAAAACACGAUCCCCCCGCAGUACACCAACGGAACCAAUGGGGGAGUCGGUGGAGGAGGAGGCGGCACGGGAGGUGGCAGUACGGGCGGUACCGGUGGAACGCCUGCCAGUGUCGGCGGCGGUGGUACACCGCUCCAGAUGCGGCCCCACUCGCUCACCCUCCCGUCCAGUGCGCCCGCGAUCGUGUCAGCCAUUGUGAAAAAGAUCCCCACGUCGCUCACCGGCAAGGGAUCGACGGGUUGUCCGGUGCCACCACUCGGGGCACUGCACCUGCCACCACCCACCACCACCACCACCAACGCAACUAGUCCGAAGCUGAAGCCUAGUCAAACGCACGAGCGGGGCGAUCCGGACGGCGACUGUGGGGCGGACGAUGCGCCCGCCAGCUACCUGGGCAAGAACUCGGAGCACCGCGGCCCGGACGCCGAUCUGCUGCACGCGAAGAAGGGCUGGCUGCUGAAGCAGGACGGGCGGGCGGGCGACUGGAGCAAGCAUUGGUUUACGCUGCGUGGCGCCGCCCUGUUCUACUACCGCGACCCGGUCGCCGAGGAGAAGGGCGUGCUGGACGGUGUGCUGGACGUGAACAGCAUUACCGGCAUCGCCGAGGUGCCGGUCAACAAGGGCUACGGCUUUCAGCUGACGACCUGGGACAACCACCGGAUCGUGCUGUCCGCCGUGACGAUCAACGUGCGCAACAACUGGAUCAACGUGCUGAAGAACGCGGCCGGUCUGCCACCGACCAAGGCGACGCUCGAGCUGUCCAACCAGAACGACGACAACUUCAAAACGUUAGCGGACAAGUCGCCCCCGCCGUCCCCGGCCACGCCCAGUUCGCUUGAGAUCAGCGAACUGCUCGGCGACGCGAUCGAGCACAAGCCGAAGCUGAAGCGGGGCAAACUGCUCGAAAAGAACAACAACAACAGUGGCACGAAUGGGCACCUGCUGAUUGAGGGCGUCGUACCGCUGGCGGCAAGUCCAACCGCGGGCGAAGAUGUCGUGGACAAGGCACCCAAGGACGUGAUCGUGCAUCUGACGGCUGCCCGCAACCUUACCGAACAGUCAAACAGUGCCAGCACACCGCCGGAGGACAAGAGCGCUAUGAACGCCUCCACCCCCACCAACACCAACACCACCACCAACACAAUCAACACCUCCACCCAUAGCAGUAGUAAUAGCAGUAGUACUAGCAGUAGUCAGCCUCAACCAAAGCAACAGUCGUCGGUGGUGGUGCUGCAGUCGCCCGUCACGCCCCUCACGCCCAAAUCGUUGCUGUUCUCGUCGGACGAGGAGUACCGGACGGCGUCGGAGGGUGGCCGGCGGGAUAGUGUUGGCGACCAGUGGGGAUCGCCAGUGUCGCCCUCGCCGCCGUCGGUGGUGCCGCUGGCAAUGCGUACCAAAGAUAGGUUAAGAACGAACCCGCCACUGUCGGCCCAAAGUCAGCAGCAACAGCACCAGCACCAGCGGCUCCACAAGCGCAGCCGCUCGUCGCCACCGAGCUCACGGCGCAGCACCAUCGAGUCGGAGGCGCCGGUCCCGCUGGCCCCGUUCCACACGGUGCAGGAGGAGGACGGUAGCGGGCUGGAGAAGGAGCUGCAGCUGCGGCUGCAGGCGGCCGAGAAGGAGCUGGCGAUGCUGCGCGAGGAAACGCACGAGCGGGAAGCGCGCAUGUCCGAGCUGCUGACCACGCUCGAGCGCACCGAGCAGGAGCUGACGCGCAAGCGCGAGCUGGAGGAGAACCGCGAGAAGCUGAUGGUGCAGCUGCAAGACAGCCGAGCCGCGGGGCAGGACAUAAUCGACCGCAUCACGCAUGAGCUGUCCAAGAGCCGGGACACGACGAAGGAGCUCGAGGAGCGGCUGGCCCGGGGCAUCGAGGAGAACGAGUCGCUGUACCGACGGUUGCAGGAGUGCGGCAUUGCCGCACCCGGUACCAGCCCAGCGUCGAGCCUGUGCAGCCUGGCCGUGGCACGGAGCGGUCGCAUCAAGCGCAUGGACUCGUUCAGCGAUCUCACCUGCCUGACCGCGAUCGAUCCAACCCAGCUCGACCGGGACAUGCUGGCGGACGAGUACCGGGAGCUGCGCGCCCGCUUCGAGCGUGCCGUCAGCGAGCUGAAGGCGAUGAAGCGCGAGCUGAAGGACGCGCAUGGGCUGUACGAUGAGCUGGAAAUAGCGUACGCCACGCUGCGCAAGGAGCUCGACCGACAGGCGACCGAGCAUGAGGCGCAGUCGCGCAUGAUGGCCGAUCGGAUCCAGGACAUGACGAACAAGUACACGGCGGCGGAGAAGCAGGUUCGGCUGCUGAAGCAGAAAGCGAUCCGGUCGGAGAAGCGCCGAUCGCUGUCGCUCAAGGGCAAGGAGUCGCUCUCGAUCCAGAAGGAGCUGGAGGAGAAGGUGUCCGAGCUGGAGAGCAAGAUCGAUGCGCUCGAAAGUGGCGGUGUGCUGCUGCCGGUGGCAAAGGCGACUGUGGAGCUUGCGACGCCGGAAGCUGCGCAACCGGUGCGCCGUUCGUCGUCUACCCGGCUGCGCAGGAAAAGUCUGGACAGUGCCACGCUGUCCGCGCAACCGAUGCAGGUCGUGCUGCGGCUGAACAAUCUGGAAAAGCGCGUCGAGAACGUGCAGGCUGUUGGACUGCCAGUGGCAAAGCCGCCCGAGGUCAGUGAGUGUGAGACGGCCAGUACAUCGAGCACAGGUGCCAAACCGGUGCCGGAGCAUCUGCUCGAUCGGCUCAAGAGUCUGGAAGGUGUGGUGGUGUCGGUACGCGAACUGAUCGACCAAAGUGCACAGCAGUUCCAGAGUCUGCGCACUUCCCGCUCGCGACGUUCCGUAUCGCCAGCGGCUGACCGGAAGGACUCGUACAAGUUUAUCGAGCGCUGUCUGGCCGAGGUGUCGAAGCUGUUGCGUGAGAGUUGCGACAACUGUGUCGUGCCGGUGGAGGGCACGGGCUACGGCAGCGUGAUUGUGCUGCCCGAAUCGAACCCCAUCAAGCUGGCACUGGAUCAGCUGGAAGCACAGCUCAAGGGCAAGCUGGCGGAUCUGCUCAAGCAGCGGCGCAUGCUGCGCGAAACGAACGGACUCACGCAGCGCAAGGAUAUGGAGCUGCUGGCGGAGCGGAUCGCGUUCGAGAGUGUUUGCUUCGGCCGGCUACGGCACGCCCUCGAGCGGGCAGAAAAUCUGGCAGAGUUCGAGGAACGCCAAACGAAGGUGGAGGUCUGCGAAACCGUCCAGCUGAUGUCGAUGCUGAAGGCCAAGCUGUCCGGCAAGUGCGUGGUGCGACCGAGCAGCAGUGCCGACGUGCUGGCCAGUGUGCUCGCCCGCAAGCUAAUGCUGUCUGCCGGCCGCACCAGCACGAUGCGGUCGCUCUCCUUCCCCCCGAUCGGAACCGCCCUGCUGGACGAUCUACUGCGCCAGCAGAACGAGGUGCACCUGAUCGCGAAACGCUACCAAACGACAAUCAUGGAGAACCUGGCGUACGGGCUGGCGGCCGAAACGCUCUCCUACAUUGCGUCCUCGCACGAGACGGUGCAGGGCGCGGUGCAGGAAGCCUGGCGCCAGGCCCAGGAAGCGGUCAACGCCGAGCUGGUGCAGUCCGAGAUCGCGCACAUCAUGAUGCGCAACGCGCAGCGGUACGAGGGUUCGCUGGCGCCCGCCUUCGGGUACGCACUGUCCACGCAGGAGCGCAUCACGUUCGAAACGUUCGCGGACGCAGUACACGAAGCGCUGCGCCGCGAGAUGGAUGCGGCCGUGCGGCAGCUGACCGAGUGCUACGAGGAAACGCUCGCCAAGAUGAAGCGCGGCCAGUGGCGACUGCACCUCGAGCAGGAGCGAAAACCGAGCGAAGGGCGCCAACUGCUCGCCGAGUUUGCGGACAUUGUCGCUCACAAGGCGCUGAUCGAUGCGCGCGUCCACGUGCUGAAGGGUGACUACGUGCCGAAAAAACCCGCCCAGCCCGCGGAUACUUUGGACGAACCGUGCGAGCGAGUGUUCAGCGUGGCCGCGCUCAAGCAGUACGAAAACCUGUACACGGACCUGACCGCCGAUCUGGAGGUCGCGAACGCGGACGACAUUCUGGCCGAGGCGGACUUUAACUUCAUGUACAAGUACUUCACCAGCGAGCACGCGCUCAACAAGGCGGAGGUGAAGGAAGUGUCCGCGAUACUGAACGAGCUGGAGCGAUCGGUCGUGGCGCUGCAGGCCACGCUACACCCGGACAGUGGGAAUGCCGUUGCGGCCAGCGCCAUCGACGUGGACAGCCUGCGCAGCAUUCACGCGCGGUGCGUCGAGAUUCAGCAGCGCAUCGAUUCGCUGAGCAGUGCGGCGAAGCAGCUGCAGUCGCGCAGCGACCAGUGCGGCCGGCUGCAGGAUCGGCUCCUCCAGCUGACGGAAGAGCACGAGCGCGAGCUCGGCACGGUUCGGCAGCAGCACGAGGCAAAGCUGACCGCACUGCAGCGACGUAUCGACGAGCAGCAGCAGCGCAUACGGGCAAUCGACGGAGAGCGGGUGGAGCUGCUCGAGCGGCUCAACAACGAGCGCAACCUGCUGAAGCAGAAGGAGAAGGAGCUGCACGAGCUGUCGGUGCGUUUGACCCGGCUGGACGCGGCCAGCAACGAGAAGGACAAGGAGAUCGAGGAUCUGCUCGACAGCUACGACCAGGAGUGCAAGAAGGCGCGCACGCUGAAGGACCGGUGCGAGGAGCUGGCGGGCAGCUGUCGCAAAACGGCGGCCGAGUACGCGGAGCUGGAGAAGGAGCGGGACUAUCUGUACGAGCAGAUGCGCAAGGAGCAGGACCACGCGAAGAAGCUGGAGAAGCACCUGGAGAUGGUGGAGGCGGAGCAUGCGCAGCAGGUGGACAACCUGCACGCCGCCUACCGGGAGCAGCAGAUGGCGAACGAGCUGGACUCGCAGAAGGACCGGGACGAUGAGGAUAGCUUGCGCUCGCGCUACCAGGCCGAAAUCGAGCAGUUGCGGGCACUCUGCGAGAAAGGACUGGCUGCGAUGGAAGCUUCGCACAAGCGCAUCAUUCACGAUCUGGAGGAGAAGCACCAGCAGGAGAUCGCUAAGCUCAUUCUGGAAAAGGAACAAGCGCUGGCCGAAGAAACACAGGCAACACUGGCAGCACUCGACGCCAUGAAGAAAGCACACCAGAAUGAGGUGCAGCGGGAGGUGACGCGCUUCAAGCAGGAGUUCCUCAAGCAGUUCCAGAAGGGCGGCCAACCGCCACAAACGUACCGCGAGAAGGAGCAAGAACUCGAAGAAGUUCGACUCGAGAUCCUGUCCCUGUCCGAGAAGUACUCGAUGAAGUGUGUCGAGACGGCAGCGCUCGAGGAGAAACUACGCAAUGCGACGCAACAGCUGAAAUGUUCGCAGCAACACAUUCAGCAGCUUGAUGUUAGGAACAAACAACUUCGAGCGCACUUUGUCUCCAACCAGCCGGAAGAAUCGUCUUCUGCACCACCGACCAGCAGUGUCGUAACGCCAAAGGAUACCAACCUGUUCACCAGCAACAGCACGCAGCCACUUCAGCAGCACCUAGAAAGUUCACCGCCACGCAGCACUUCCGCUCUGCGAACGGCUACAGGCCACGGAUCGCCUACCACACCGACGCCCACCACGCCAACGACGAUCGUGCCGAGCUCGGUGCCGAUCGAGCCCACCAGUGCGCCACCACCGCUCGAGCUGCUCGAUCUGCGCGAGUGUCAGCAUCUGCUGAACAACAAUAAGAAAGAAUCACAUCCACGGUUAAAGUUCACCGAAGCAGGAGCCAAACUAGGUGUAGCACCGAUCUUCUCUACCUCCAGCACGACCGUUGGCACCAGCGCGCCCGGUACGGCGAUCGUCAACGAUUCCGUCAACCUGGCGAGCAGCACCAACAACAACCGCGCCAAAGUCCUCAGCUCCAAGCAGCUCAACAUGAACCUGAUCAGCGGCGGGUCCGGUCCACUGUCCCCGACCGGUCCGCCCACACCCCACCCAGUGGCGCUCACGCUACCGCUGAUCGCCAGUGCCACGUUCAAGCACAGCAAUCUGCACCGAAACCACCAGACCGCGCACGUGAAUAAUGCGCCGGCAUGCGGUGGCAAUGGGUCCAGCAACCACAACAAUAACAACACAAAUCAUCUCAUCAACCUAAACAACAAUCACAUACACAGCAACAACAACAAUGUCAGUAAUUUAAACAACAACAACAAUAACAAUAAUAAUAAUAAUGAUAACGAUAAUAUGCACGAGCUUAAGCCAUCGACAAAACUUUGUUCGCCCCCUCCCUUAGAUGAGAGGGACGUUGAACAGCAAAUUCAUCGAUUCGAGUUGGAAAUCUAAACACCGGCACCAAUUAUUAACACGCAAUAAUAAUACAUUUGUUCACAUUGCUCAUUUAACACACAUUGUUUUUUUUUGUGCAGACUCGCUUUUUUUAUUGUUCGUUUUGGCUUAUCCAUGUAUGUUAACACAUAAAAAUGUUAAACUAUGCUCCAAAAAGAAAAGAGAAAAAAAACACCUGCAAAACACGUCCUAAUGGAUCAUCUUCAAAUGUGUUCCCUCCCAUACUUUAGACGAACAACGCGAAACGCAUUCAAUCAUUAUUAUUAUUAGUGCACGCUGAGAGCAAAUACUAAUGUACUAAAGCCAAAAGCCAAGCAACGGGAGCAAACGAGUACGAUCAAA